AUGGCGUGAAAAGAGUGUAUUCUGUCUCUCUCAAUUUAACCUGUCAUGUUCACAUAAAAUGUAAUUUGCAUUGUUUAGUUUUCUGGGUCAAAGCUGUGAUAUGUCAGAGAGGGAUUACGGAUAAUUCAUCUUGUUUGGCACAUUAAUGAAAUUGCAUUGUUGGAUACCAUCAUUAUAAAAUAGAUGUAAAUGUAUUUCCGGUCUCGGGACUUAUCAGUCUUCCGCCCUGAUGCCCUUGUAGCUAUGGAAACUCGUCAAUGGCAACAUCCUCCAGCCCGUUCACCCGUUUUGACCAGGGGCGCCGAGUGUGAUAGCUAGCUAGCUGGCUUUAUGUGUGCCAGAAUUACCGAUCCAUUACCAAGGUUUCAAGAUGGCGUUACAACGACUGACGGCUUUGUUCAUCCUUUAUUCAAUUCUCGGCUACAUUCCAUCACGUGGGGUAAUCCUCCGAACCACAGACAAGACUGUGUGGGCAAAUGAAUUUGAACCUAUUGAGUUGACCUGCUUAAUAGAGUCCAUCUCAACAAACAACCCCAGAAUCGAAUGGAAGAAAAUCAAAAACGGUGUCCCUAGUUAUGUGUACUUUCAAAAUCAAAUUUCAGGGGACUUGGAGCACAGAGCCCAGCUGAUCCAGCCAGCCAACCUACUGAUCCUCAACACCAGCCGUGCAGACACUGCAGAGUACCGCUGUGAGGUCGCUGCCAUUGAUGACCACAAACACUUUGAUGAAAUUCUAAUCAGUCUUGCUGUCAGGGUAAAGCCUGUGGUGCCCAGGUGCAGUGUGCCUGUGGCAGUGACUGUUGGCACGUCCUCUGAGCUGCGCUGCCUAGAGAACGAGGGCUUCCCUGCCUCACAGUACCGCUGGUUCCGCAACAACGAGGAGCUUCCCCAGGACCCAAAGAGCAGCCCCAAGUUCAUCAACUCCACCUACUCCAUUAACGCUGACACAGGUGGUCUGAAAUUCCGCAGGAUGAGGAAGGAGGAUGCGGGAGAGUAUUUCUGCCAGGCAAAGAAUGAAGCUGGACAUGCACAGUGUCCCGCACAGCUGAUGGACGUCUAUGAUGUCGACAUAGUGGGGAUUUUUCUGAAGGUGUUGGCGGCAUUGGCCGGAUUUACUAUUGUGAUGGUGGGGGUUUAUCAUGCACACAAACAUGGCUGCUUUUCCUCUGGCAAGGAUCACACAGGAACCAACUACAAAUCGCCAGCAGCAGAUGAUGGUGUUGAAUAUGCCGAAGCCGAUGAGGGUCACUUCCGGCACAAAUCAUCAUUUAUAAUUUGAAAUCUGAGAUAGAAGACCGUCAAGAGGAGACACACUGAAGAGGAGACACACUGAAGAGGAGACACACUGAAGAGGAGACACACUGAAAGAGGAGACACACUGAAAGAGGAGACACACUGAAAGAAGAGACACACUGAAAGAGGAGACACACUGAAGAGGAGACACACUGAAGUCAAUAGUGCAUCAAAUCCCAUAAUAAGGCUUUGUGUGAGAAAUUUAAGCUGUAACAUUGCACAUUAUUUUUUGGUGCGCAUCAACAAUUAGCUUACCAAAGUUAUCAUCUUGAAAAAGAUCAAUCAUUAUUUCAAAAUUUCUGAUAGGCAAUUGCAACGUUAUGUCCCUGUUAGUACACAGUUUUUUUUUGUCGCACAAAUAUGUUUUGUCCUCAGUCGUUACUGUAACUACAACUACAGUACGAUUUUAAGCUUUGACAUUUGAACUUCCACCAACAUGUUCAUCUAAACUGAUGCUGGAACAUUCCCCCAUACUGUUUUUGGACAAUGAUUUUUGACUUCCAAACAUUUCUACAAAAUAUACUGUUUUACAAAAACAGCCUUGCAUAGCCUCUGAAUGCAAGAUGGACUGGUUUAUGUUAUUAUGAAGGAAGGUUGUGUCAAUAUAUUUGUGAAUAUAUAUACUACCGUUCAAAAGUUUGGGGUCACUUAGAAAUGUUCUUGUUUUUGAAAGAAAAGCACAUUUUUUGUCCAUUAAAAUAACAUCAAAUUGAUCAGAAAUACAGUGUAGACAUUGUUAAUGUUGUAAAUGACUAUUUUAGAUGGAAACAGCUGAUUUAAAAAAAUUGAAUAUCUACAUAGGCGUACAAAGGUCCAUUAUCAGCAACCAUCACUUCUGUGUUCCAAUGGCACGUUGUGUUAGCUAAUCCAAGGUUAUCAUUUUAAAAGGCUAAUUGAUCAUUAGAAAACUAUUUUGCAAUUAUGUUAGCACAGCUGAAAACUGUUGUUCUGAUUAAAGUAGAAAUAAAACUGGCCUUUAGACUAGUUGAGUAUCUGGAGCAUCAGCAUUAAUGGGUUCGAUUACAGGCUCAAAAUGGCUAGAAACAAAGAACUUUCUUCUGAAACUCGUCAGUCUAUUCUUGUUCUGAGAAAUAAAGGCUAUCCAUUUGAGAAAUUGUCAAGAACCUGAAGAUCUCGUACAACGCUGUGUGCUAGUCCCUUCACAGAACAGCGCAAAUUGCCUCUAACCAGAAUAGAAAGAGGAGUGGGUGUCCCCGGUGCACAACUGAGCAAGAGGACAAGUACAGUGUCUAGUUUGAGAAACGGACGCCUCACAAGUCCUCAACUGGCCGCUUCAUUAAAUAGUACCUGCAAAACACCAGUCUCAACGUCAACAGUGAAGAGGCGACUUCAGGAUGCUGGAGUUGCAAAGAAAAAGCCAUUUCUCAGACUGGCCAAUAAAAAGAAAAGAUUAAGAUGGGCAAAAGAACACAAACACUGGACAGAGGAAAGAAAGUUAUUUGUUUCUGGCCAUUUUGAGGCUGUAAUCGAACCCACAAAUGCUGAUGCUACAGAUACUAAACUAGUCUAAAGAAGGCCAGUUUUAUUGCUUUAAUCAGAAAAACAGUUUUCAACUGUGCUAACAUAACCAUUUUGCAAUUUUCUAAUGAUCAAUUAGCCUUUUAAAAUGAUGGAUUAGCUAACACAACGUGCCAUUGGAACACAGGAGUGAUGGUUGCUGAUAAUGGGCCUCUGUAUGACUAUGUAGAUAUUACAUAAACAAACCUGCCAUUUCCAGCUACAAUAGUCAUUUAUAACAUUAACAAUGUCUACACUGUAUUUCUGAUCAAUUUGAUGCUAUUUUAAUGGACAAUUAUUUUUGCUUUUCUUUCAAAAACAAGGACAUUUCCAAGUGACCCCAAACUUUUGAACGGUAGUGUACAUACAGUCAGUGAGUGGGGCAUGUAUAAAAAGCUGAUAAUCUGUUACAUGCAGAGUCAACGGGCACAAUGAAACAGUCGGUUGUGCUUAAUAAAGCCAACUAACUUUAUUCUCUGCGUUCAGAAUAACAAAGAAACAUAUUACAGUUAUACAGUAUAAUCCCAGUAUAAUACUGCAAUGUACGAUGUAUUAUUAUUAGUAUAUCAAGUAAUUAUGAUUUUUUUCAGAGUGCUGUUUCUGUUUAUAAGUGACCUUCUGUGCUUACUAAUGACCUACAUUAUGAAUAUUGGACAUAUUGUCCAGUUGUGACUCACAAUUAACUGUAUUUUCUUUAUGGACACAAUAUACAAUAUUAAUGGAUGUACAGGCAAUACAACUUUGUUAGAAAAAAAAUGUCUACACAUACAUUUUUAUCAGUAACAAUACAUCAUAAGUAUUAAACAAUGUUUCAAAUUGAAAUUGUUAAAAAUGACUUUUUGAAACAUUAUUGAUAUAGUUAUUUUUUCAUUGGUAUUCUUUGUUUAUAAAAUAACACUACUCAGGAACUGUUGUAAAAUGUUAAUUGUUCAUUCGUUGUAGUGCAAGAAAUGGAUACUGUUAUAUGCUUACUUCAUUUUGUCAAUAAAGACAUAACAUAAGUAACUGUA